AUGAGCCCGCCCUUCCGGGCCCACCCAUUACAAGCGGAGGGGGUAGAAGGUCACGAAGAACCUCGGAGCGGAGUCAGCGUCAACCCCACUGCCCCUGGUGGAUUCCACGGCCUUGAUACCUUAAGAGUCAAGUCAAUCUGGGGUCCUAUCUUGGCCUUUUCUUCCUUCUUCCAUCCAUUCUCAGCCUUUCCAAGGUUCUCUCUCCCCUUCGCGCAGUGGUUCGACCCAUGUCCGCCAGCACCCCGUAAAGACUGCCAGGCAAUAAUGAAGGUUCUUUUACUGAAAGACCCUAAGGAGGACGACUGUGGCCAGGAUCCCUACAUCCGGGAAUUAGGAUUAUAUGGACUCGAAGCCACUUUGAUCCCUGUUUUAUCAUUUGAGUUUUGGUCUCUUCCCAGUUUUUUGGAGAAGCUGUCUCACCCUGAAGGUUACGGGGGCCUCAUUUUUACCAGCCCCAGAGCAGUGGAAGCAGUGGAGCUGUGUUUGGAGAAAGACAAUAAAACCGAAGUCUGGAGAAAGUCUCUGCAAGAAAAAUGGAAUGCUAAGUCAGUGUAUGUGGUGGGAAAUGCUACUGCUUCUCUAGUGAAUAAAAUUGGCCUGCAUACAGAAGGAGAAAACUGUGGAAAUGCAGAAAAGCUUGCAGAGUACAUUUGUUCUAGAGCUGGACCUGAAAAAGUCGCACAUCCUCCACUUCCCCGUGGACCAGGCCCCCUGGAGCUCAGGCAGGGGAUGGCAGAGGAACUUCCCAGGUUCCCAGUUGGCUCUCCUUUCUCCACUUUUCUUUUAAGAAUAAUUUUAUUUCCUCUUUCCUGGGUCACUGUAUGCGCUGUGUUAACAUCGAGGACGAGACGUUCCUGGGUGGUCAGCGUGUUCCUGGCGCGCCCCCUGCCUCGCCUCAUUGGGUCCUCACUACCGUCCACUGCAGGCUGCACAGUCCAGUAUGGCAGCCAGGAGCCACAUGUGCCUAUUUAAAUUUAAAUUAAUUUAAAUUAAUCGAAAUAAAAAUGUGGCUCCCCCGUCGCACCAGGCACAGGCCACAGCUCAGCCGUCACUGGCGGCUCAGGCACCGCAGGGGCAGCCUAGGGGCACCCAGCAUCACCCAGCGCUCUUUUCGACGGUGCUGUUGUCCAGGCUACGGGGACCGAGUGACCAUCCAAGGUCCCAGAGCUGGGAGGGGACAGGCGGGAGGGCAGACUCCACACGGCACGGCCCGUGUUCACCCCGUGGGUCCUAAUGAGUCUUCAGUUCGCACUUGGAAUAGCAACCACAUGAGAGUCCGUCUGACGCUGGCAGGACGCUCUCCUCGGUUCUCCCCAGGCGUUAAUGAUUUUCUCCCCCAGUCAGCUCUGAAGCUUGAUCUUUAAAAGCCAAGAAUCUACUUCCAGUGCUUGGAGUAAACAGGCCAGUUCAUAGUUAUUGCUCAUUUAUUUUACUUAAACACUUAUUUAUUCUGUCACAGGCACUGUUAUAAGCACCUAAAGCCAUUAGCUCAUUUAAUCUGAAAGCUCGUCGUUCUGACAGACAGUUCUUCCCUCCUGGGAUAUCUCCGCCAAGGGAAAAGGAAGUAUCAAUACAAGUUAAGUGGUCCAAGGUAGAAGACAAUUUCAACAUUUUGAGAGAGAGCGAAAGAGGGGGAGGGUGUCAGAGGCAGACAGAUCGUGCGGGUUAUUUGAACUGUCCCCCUGGACUUGCGCUGAGCUGACCAAGGGCUCGUCCCUGCAGCCUCGCCCACUUGCUGGGCUCUCCUUCUGUCGCCCAGUCAGUCUCGUGGUCCUAAUUACCUACGUUAGGUGCCCACCGCCUGCACAACUGGACCCUCCCUCACAGCAGGCCUGAGAGGGCGCGGUCAUCGCAGUCCUGGAGGGUGUGAGAGUUCUACAGACACUCACAUCUCCUCCAGCGAAAUGACAUUUACGUGCUCAGUCUAGUUCUUAAUCACCAGUAGUGACUGUGUACAGAGCUCCCGCUCCAGCUGCAUAACAUCCUCUUAGGACUUUCAACACAGCUGCUGUCCUCAGCCCGACAGCCCAGCGGGCCAGGCCCCCUUCCCGUUAAAGGAACGCGGAGCAGAGCGUCUGAGCCCCGUGGUUCACCAUCCCGCGUCGGGUUAGACCCCUGCCGGGCCCCUGUCGCUCCCUGUCGUCCUGGGGACACCUCAUCUCUCACCCCUGUGUAAUCAACCGGCUUUUACAUUGGCCUAUUUAGCUUUGGCCUGUUUGGGUUAAAAAUCAGUAGGCAGUGAGGUCAUCCCAAAAAGGAAAUUUUUUAAAAAUAAUGAAUCAUUUAUUUUCCAUAAACGAUCUUAUGACAAAGAGGAAGGGUUGGGUGGUUGAGCUAUGCCGUUUUCGGAGAUGCUGUCAGUUCACAUGGUGAUGAGAUGGGCCAGAGAGGUCCUCAUCCACCAGAGUUUGUUUCCCGUAAAUGUACCCAGUAAUCUGCUCCAUUGUUCAGUCAUGGAAGAGUCCCGCGAGGAGUUCUGCUCAGGACAUAAUCCAUUCGGGAGUGCUUUGGCUUCUUGGAGGAGGUUAGCACCCAGGAAGUACAGUCACGGGAUGUCUCUCCUCUCCUGCGGCAGGUCUCAACCAGGACAUUUUCAGGUUUUCCUCCCUUGUGCUGCUAUGGUGGUGCUUUGCCAUGAAGCCAGCUGAGCUGGUUGGUCCUGCUCGGCCUGCCUCUCCCCCAGGCACUGGGGGUGCAGUGGGAAAAAGAUGCCUGCCCUGCACCAGGAUGUGCGUCCAACUCCCCAUCUCCCUAGUAGUGACCAGCAAUCAGAGAACACAGAUGAGCAGCUCAGUGCUCUGCUGGACCCGCAGAAGAAAGGCUGUGAAGGGCCGAUUCUGGAAUCUUCCGGAAGCCCCUUGCACACCCCUGGGGUUGAGGCUGCAGGAAAAUAGGCCCCUGGUUUGGCUGCUGUCCUACAGCUGCCCCACAGCAGGUGCUGGGAAGGGUCUGUGGGAGCCGCUUUGGCCCCUAGGCUCCUGGACACCCCACCACCAAACACACACACGGACACGCAGACACUGGAGGGACACCUGGGCUCUGGUUCAGAAUAGCACCUGGUCAUGGGUUUGAAAGUGUGUCACAAGGGAUGGCACCUAUACUGCGUGAAAACAUUUCCUCACACUGGAAAAGAGAAAGCGGUGAGCAUCUAUUAUCUACAGUAUAUUUAAAAGUUUUCCAAUUGCUUGUGUUCUUUUAUGUCGGUACUGAUACUUACAGAGCCGUUUAAAUAAAGCACUCGCCGGUUUGUAA